CAUACACCAGAUGACUUUAGCAGCUAGUUCUCUGACGGUGGCAAAUUGAUGUCACAUUUGGUCGCCACCAACAUUUUGAUUUGAUAUCAUUCACUUAAACAAGAUACAGAAAAGCAGAAGAAUAAGAUGAGUGCGAGUCCCACCAUCUCGCCCCAGAAGAUAUCACMGGCCAUGAUUAGACUCCCUCCAUCCCCGAGUGCGAACGACAUGGCCGUGAAGAACCAUUCCUUUAUUCCAGAAUUUACAUUAGACGACGAUGCAACGAUYAUGYGUCGUGGGAAUAUCUCGAGCAACGUUGCUGUUGGAGGGCCGAAUAAUGCCAAAAACAGUUCCCAUCACCACCAGCAACGGUUGCGAUCCGUUGGGAAGUACAACGCUUUUCAUCCGCAAGCGCUGGCGUGUUCCAACGAUGUCCUCACGACGUCGUACGAGGAUCAUCCGGAAUCGUCUCUUGAUUUUGGAGGUGCUGCUUCUCUUGGAGCUAUUGCUGGACCUCGCGGGGUUGCUUUGUUUCGACUUUCACGUCCGCACAUUCCUUUGUUGAUUUUUAGCCAUGCCACCAAUUACUCAUCUUCUUUGACACGAAAUAAUCCCAAAGCCCGGAAUUCCAUUUCAUCGCUGGCCUUUCAGCCCACCAACAGAAGCAGCAAUGCAAUCGAUUCAAACUCGCUUUAUCUAGCAGCAGCUCGGGGAUCGGGAGUUUUGAUAUGGGAUGCAAGUGGCCACAGCCCUAACCCGUUGCUCGGGCGCUUAUUAAACGAUACGACAAACGACACAUCGAUAACUAGCAGUGUUGGCGGAAGAAGAGACUCGGAUACACGCAUCACUAGUAUGAGUUGGAUGUCUUACUGCAGGGGGAGAAGCAGCAGCAAYAGUCCACUUUUGGCAACAACCACUGCAUCAUCUCUGUCGAUGUGGGACUUGCGAUGCCAUCACACAACGGGCUUGUUCCAACCGAGUUUGAGAUUCGGAAGCUCUCGCAAUGCGAAUAUUUCCGCUACCUCGUCGUCUUCAUUGAACGCUCCAGUUGCGCCCCUGGUACAAGUUGCCUGUUCCUCUUGUUCCGAAGAAUGUGCUACCAUGGACACCUCAGGUAUUGUACGAACUUAUGAUCUUCGAAAGACAGAGGGGGGAGGUCGAUCGUCUACAGUUGGUAGUCCGCUUUCGGUGUUUGUCGCUCACGAGGCUGGUGUAGGCAUCGAGCACUUAGCAAGAUCCCACGGCAACGACCGGGUUGAUUCUGCCUGGGUCACGUGGGGGUUGGAGGCUCCAAUGUCUCCGGCUGUUGUGAAAAUCUGGGGAACGGCAACCGCACUGCCCCAAGACGACUCUUCCGAUACAGCUGCGGUUGUCAAUGAUCAAGAUCUAGAAGAUUACUGGUUCAUGAGCGACGAAUCCCACAGAACUCCGUCGACAAAAGGUGGUACCAACAGCACGAGCAGCAACAACAACAACAGUGAUGUGAAGAUACAAUCUCCAAAUUACCAGCUCAUUGCACAGUAUUCAAGGCCAAAUAUGUGCUGCGCUCGAGUAUGUGCUCCACCUGUGAACAAUAGCCUCGUCAUUGUUGGUUACUUGGACGGCAAAUUUGGUUCUUCCUCGAGUUCAGCGAAGGAGGAAAGUGGUGGUUGGUGGGUUGAAUUGAUGUCGAUAUCGGCGGAUUCGGGGGUGGAGAACGAUCUUCGCAAAAAAGAAAGAAGGAAUUUUGGUCUCAAUCGAAUAGUUUCAUUUUCCGGCGGAGCAGCAAAUACCGAUGCCUUAACAUCUGCUUUAGGGGACGACAACGUUGGAAGACUUCAGGCUGCCGAAUUGGCGUUUUCAUCGCCGAUGGUUCCGAAAAACAACAAAUCGAGAACAGAUGAAGGUGGAUUGAACAAUAUCGAAAAAUCGGACGAAACUGGCGUGGAACUCUUGCUGUGUUGUUUGAGUGAUACCGGUGUGCUCACGACUACCGCUAUUCCUGAAGCACUACCGAACAAUCAAAACACUGAUGCRCAAAAUAGGGAUUCUUCUCCACAAAGAACAUUACAGAGGCGGAAUUUAAUACGGACAGCUUUCGCGUCAGGUAAUAAUUUAGCAAGAGUUUUCCCUGAAACUAAGGAGGGAAAUUCUUUGAUAGAUGUUGCAAGUGUGUGGGGUGCAGGAACUACUGGGGCAGAUUUGUCACUCGGCCGGAACGAAGAGAAGGCAGAACAGCCAAGAUCCUCAUCGCCCGUAAAAUUGAUAUCAACCACGGAAGACUUGCUGCGGAGUGAUGGGCGCCGACCAGAAGGAGGCUUGAUGCCGUUUGAUAUGGAUGUUCCGGUUCCCGUUGCGUACAAUUCUAUUGGCACAGGGAAUCUGGGUGGCAUACAGUUAGGAAUGACAGAAAUGACCCCGUUAAGUUCGAUGAUCGAUACAUCAGAUGACGGUGUUGACACCAAAGCUCGUAAUUUGACUUCCAUAAUGGAAAACAUAGAUACAGAAAGAGUACCUUGUCCAAGGCUUUGUGGGGCCGUUUUCGGUUCUGGGAAUGGCCGACUCACUAUUUUUCGCAACGGUGAAGUAAAGAAGAUGUGGAAAUGGUAUCAGAAAAUGGAUACAAUUCGGUUAUCAAGUAUUCCAGUAGGACAAUUAGAUGUCUCCCCGACACCAUCUUCGGAUCCUCAAAAUUUUGUGAGUAACUCAAAGACUUCUGAAGAGGCCGGGAAAMAAAAUCAAAUAGGUUCGAGCUCUGGUCCUCGCACCAUGAAGGAACUCGUCGAUAUGGUAACUGCUGCAAAGGAGGUAAGUUUUGCGAACUUUGUGGAAUUCUCUAGAAUGGAUUUUGAAAAGUAUUUCUCACGAAACUGUGAUGUUCAGGCUCAAUGGGGAGAGGCAAACGAUGGUUCUCCAGCAGAAGAUGCUAUGAGCGUGAUGGAUAACUUUUUUGAAGACGACAGCCUUGAUUCAAAUAGCGACGACACUGCUCACGACGAUGAAGAUGACGAAGACGACGAGGACGACGAAAUAAUGCAAGACGCGGAUGAAAUGUACAAAAAAUACUUUGGGGGAAGAUCUUGGAAGAGUUUUUCAGAAAUUAGGGCUACGAUGGCUCACGGUCAAAAUGACGAAACCACUCAUUCGAUCCGUCAUCGAUCAAUCGGUCCAUCAUCCGAUAUGCUCCAGCCCGUAGUGACUGUCAACGCCAUAUCAGAUGAAAGUCGAAGCAUCCUACUCGCUAAAGGUUGGAAGCUAGGCAGGUGGGGCGAAGAAGAGAUGCACAAUGAGAUUCUUCCUGAUCCCGUACUCAAGGAUUCUUCACCUAAUCAAAUCCAACAUGAACAGAACCACAAAUUGGUGUCACAAAAAGGGACAUCGCAUCGUUCUUUGGCGCCUAAGAAAGGAAACUCGCCGUUCUCUAGAACACUCUCUGUUCCUAAUUUGUCGAGAAUAUCAGAAAUGAAUAAACCGAUGGGUGGUCCACCACUGCGAGAAAACAUGGAAGAAUCAAUGACAUUUCUCAAAAAACUCUUUUCCCACCAGGAAGAAGGUGGCAUCACGUUUUCCACAACACUGCUAUCUCCUCCCGACAGUAGAAUAUGUAAGUCAUUUCACUUGAUCUCGUUCCACAGUUCAUUAUAUGUAAUUACUUUUUUCACCUAACGACGACCGAUUUUCGCAACAGUAAUGAAUCAAAGGAUUUCUACACCUGGCAAAAAGACGUUUGCGAGCGGGCCUGUUGAUUCUUCGUCUAGUAUGAAUAACUUAAAAUCGCAUGGACUGCGGUCUCCAGAUACAGACACGAUGCCUCUAAMUUGUCAGAAGUACGAUGGGAGAAGUAGCUACCUUGACGAACUUCAAGAAAUACACCAACUUUGUGUCCACAAUGCUGAAAUUUGCAAGAAUUGCGAUGAGGUCGAGAAACAGAACGUAUGGAAGUUGCUCGCUGAGACGGCAAUGCCUCAAAUGAACGAACGUGGAAGAGAUUUUAACGGAUGGGGCGGCAAAGGCGGCGGUGCGCUUGGUAUUGAUAUGAUAAACAAUUUCUUCGUAUACUACGAGGCUCUAGGGGACUUUCAGAUGUUGGCGACCAUGUUUUGUGUCUUAAGUGGACGAGACAGAAACGAYAGAAGAAAUAAUAGCCCGUGUCUUCUCCCACACAGYCGCAAAAAAGUUUACUUCACUUAUAUAAUAAGAUAUGGAGAGUUGCUUUAUUCAUGGGGUUUAUUGAAUACAAGGGCCGAGCUGAACAAGCAUCUCCGACKAAAACACGAACAGAUUGACUUCCAGCUCCCGGAAACAGAAGAGAAGAAAGAAGAGUGUUUUGAUCUGGGAGUUGCUCUAUCUUGUCCUAGGUGUGAUACUGAAGUCAAUUCAUCGACUAACUAUUGCCGCAACUGUAGAGACUUCGCAUUCCGAUGCUCUAUCUGUGACACUGCAGUGCGUGGUCUUUUCACCUUCUGUGUGAUGUGUAAACAUGGCGGACAUCUUCGCCAUAUGACCGAUUGGUUUUCAAAGAAUUCAUUCUGCCCAACGGGGUGUGGAUGUCAAUGUAGAUUCUCCCCUAUGGUGCAUGCAAAUAAAGAGGUUGGAAAUCAAGAGAUUUUUUGAUUCAAGUGCCCAACGAAUGAUCGUCUGACUGUCCUCGAUUCCUUCUGUUCUGCUCAAUUCUAUUUAUUGAACAAAAACGRAUCUGAUCAGGGUCAAGAUAGUUGCAAACUCCAAAAUUUCUUGUUUGCUUUACUUCCCGACAAAGAUCUGGAUCAACUUUUGCUUCUUYACAUGUUCGAGUUUUGGGAAUUUCUUCAGAAAUUACAUCAUAUGACCAGUCGGGUAUUCCAGACUCCGCAUCUCUACCUUUGGCUCUAUCUGACAUCAGAMGGCGCAUGGUGUGAUACAAGUCGAAACCAGUCAACAUCCGGGCCUGAUUAUCAAAUAGCGCUGGUUUUGAAAUGACCAGAYUUUCAGGRAUCAMWAUCUCAGUCCAUGGAUGCYUGUGCUCCACCUGAAGAGCAUAAUCCACAAUCAUUGGACCUUUCUGGAGACCAUGAUCAGAUCGAAUGAAAAUCACAGUCCGUUCCUUGUCUGCCAGAUCAAUCCUUCUCUUCAAAAAUUGAACAAGAUGUUCAUCGUAGUUUUCUGCUGCUGGGAUCGCCAUUUCCCAAUCUGGUGAAUAAUCGUGAGCUGCAAUGACGUUUAAAAAUGCCAGUUUCGGGCGUGAUGAGUAUACAUCCCACAUCUGAUCUAUGWAUUGCAGAGAUAUUGCGGAUUUUUCAAACUUUUUAGAGCAGCUGUAACCCUCAACACAAGGGUCGCUCAUAUCCACGCCCCAUUUUUCCCAGCUGUUAAUUGUCAAGUUUUGUUUUACAACCUU